AUGCUUGUGUCUUCUGCUGGUUCCAGAAGUGCGCUUUUUGCUGCUACAGAUCCUCAAGUUCCUGAGUACUGUGAGAUGUUGAAAGCAGAUGAGUGGCCCGUCUGCGCUUUCAUUUCACAAGAUUGUCGUCCUACUAAUCCUUCUGAAGAGUCGCACAAUGUUGAAACCUCAUACAAAGUAUGGGAAAAGACACUGGAAAUGGUUGGCCUGCCUUCAGAUGCCGUCGAGAGACUCAUAGAAGGGGAAGAAGUCAUAUGCAGCAGAUAUGGAGCCCAGCAAGAAUAG